GCUUCCUCGCAAACAUGGGUUUCGCCAACAUCUGGGCCACCAAGGCCGAGUGCACCGGCAAGGGGCAGCGCCGCUGCCGCGUUUGCGCGAACCAGUGGGGUAUCAUUCGCAAGUACAACCUGAACAUCUGCAGGCAGUGCUUCCGCGAGUACGCCAAGGACAUCGGCUUCGUCAAGGUGCGCCUCGCCUCCCUCCAUCCUUCCAUCGUCGAGAUGGCAUGGCCCCUCGCGACGUCCAAGGCUUCUGUCUGUUUUAGGGCCGGCGCGCCCGGGCCGCGUCCGCUCGCGAUCGCGAGCGCCGCGCCGCGCCGCGCCGCGUCGUCGCGCGCGGCGUGGCCUCGCGGCGGCGCGGACCGUCCGAGACGCCGUCCGUCGUCGUCGCGAUGCCCGCGCCGUCGUCUCUCUGACUUCGGCGAACCGCGCCUCGUCGUUCGAUUCGUCGUCGCUGACGCCCUCGUCCCUCCCUUUCCCCGCUUUGCGCGUACGCAGAACAACUGA